AUGUCACAGCCUGACAUGUCGCCGACGAAAGCUCAAAUGCGACGAGGAAACAUCCAAUUCCAACCCUACGAAGGUCCAAAACCCGUCCAUGGUCUAUGUCCAGACCCGUCCAGUCCAGCAGAUGCUCUCAAGGAUCCGGUCCUUGCACACUUGUUCCACCACUACAUUACAAAUCUGGCCCCUUGGUACGACUUGAGCGAUGCUGAGCAGAACUUCACGCGUCUGAUCCCACGGAAGGCGCUCACCACGCCCCUACUCUUCAGUGCAGUCAUUGCAUUUGCUUCAAUCUAUUCUACCUGUACUGCCGUUGGGUCGAUGCGAACGACCGCCGAGUUCUACCAUUCGUCCUGUGUGGAGCAUCUACUUUCUCUCGACGAUACUGCAGUCCAGUCUGAGGGCGAUGUCACAUUGGCGGCAGUGUGCCUUCUUCGUUCGUACGAGAUCUUGGCCGAAGACUUCGACCCGAACAGACAUCUGAGCGGUGCCCACGCCAUCGCUUCUGGCCAAAGUCUUGACCUUCGAUCUGCCUCUUUGCACCGAGCUGCCUUCUUCAAUUUUCUUCGCGAGGACAUCACCUUUGCGCUGAUGAACAAGUGCCCUCUGAAGAUCGACCCAGAGAAGCUGAAAGGGGAAUACACGUCAGUCUCUGAUGAAGACCAGCUCAACAUCGUGACUCUGAUACUGGGUCAAAGUAUCAACGCAUGUUUCGGCGACGAUAGUCCUGUUGUGCGAAAGGGAGUUCUCCACCAGCUGGAUCGUUGGAAGCGGGUACUGCCUUCUCACUUCCAGCCAAUUCAUGACUGGUUUAGUGACAGCAAGCUGGUCUCGAUGUUUCCAAGAAUCUACAUGCUGCACGAUUCGCAUGUGGCUGCAAUACAAUAUGGCAUAGUGACCGAGAGCGUCCUCGCAUCUGCCACUACAGUCCAAAAUGAGGCCAUGCUGUUCUGGUCAACUCCUUCGGCCCCAUCAGCUUCUGCUGUAGAUAUCUCAGAAGCAGGCCACUUCAGGACGAGCUUUUGCGACGGCUGGCAGGCGCAAGAAAGCAGACAGGCUGGCCUUUGCACCGCAUAG